GGGGCCUCCGCGGCCCGCAGCUUCUGGUGAUCACUUCCUGGCUCGCCGCGCUGCCGCGGUGGAGCGCCGCGACGAGGACGUCGCAGCGCGCGCCGCUGUCAGGGCCACCUCCACCCUCUCGGUACCCCAUCCAUGUCUCGGACCUUGGACUGGUACCGUACAACAUUCCCACCACGAGCACUACCACUCUGGACCCUGCCAUCCGCGAGUUCAACAGGGUGGUGAGGCAGCCGAAAUACUGCAGGAAUGACAUUCUUGUGGAGGUGGAGGGGUGGAACCAGUUUGACGAGUACAUCCAUCAGUCAUCGAUCUUGGAGGAGGAGCCGCUGAAUGGCAUCGCUGGUGCCUGGGUGUGGACGACGGAGAACCUCAGACGGGGCAGCAAGACCAAGUUUUUCCUGGGCUGCAACAUUUCCAGUGGGAGGCCCGUCCUAAUGAGGGAAGCUGUGGGCGACAGCUGGGACUUCGGCAUCGUCGAGAUCCCGGAAGGUGGCGCAGCGACGCAGUUGUGGGUGCACUUCGGGCAGGACGAGGAGGACCAGGAGCAAGUGGAGUUUGUCCCGCAGAACCUGUUCCUGAUGACUUCGGACGUGCUGCGGAAUGGGACCAUCAUGCUCAAGGACGUCUAUGGCUUGCGGAAGCACCCAAAGCUCCAGACUGCACCGAACACAAGCUGCACACGGACCGUGGCGCUCGAGAUUCGGGGGUCGAGCUUCAAUCCCCAGAAGCAGGUCACGUACGAGGUGUCAAAGAGGCUGAAGAUCCCUGCGGGGAGAUACUCUCGACUGGGGGGCCUGCGUCUCUACUCCGUUGCUUCCAGCCAGGGUGAGGAGAUGUAUUGGCUGCGAUGUGAUCACGCCACUGGCGAGCCGCUGCUGCUGAAGAGGAACGCCGGCGGCCCUGUGGAGGAGAGGCACUUCGAGUUCGGUUCCCGGCGGACCGACUUGCAGCAGGGGGAGCGCCUCGAGCUCUUGGCCGAGGCCUCCCUGAUGCGGCCGCUGUUGACAGGCUACAUCAUGGUCUCACCGCAGAAGUGA